ACCUCUGAGUGCAAGUUCUGUGGGGUUUGGGAGGGACCAUUGCAGCUCACCCCCCACCUUAGGUGAUGCCUUUUUUUCCCAGUGCAGGGCAUAACCACUUGAUGUCCCAUUUCCCUCCACUGUAGACUCAUGUCAUCAUUCUUUAUUCCAGAACCGGACAAGCACAUUUGGACAAAAGAGGAAAAGCUAACCUUUCCAAAACCUGAGAAAGUGGCCGUCCCUGGAAUAUCAUUGACGAGAGACCAUCCGGUAUCCCCACAGGGCCCUAUGGUAGAUGAGAGGGUUACAGGUCACGAAGGAGGCAAUAUUCGGUCUUCAGAUCAGGCCGAGGAAACAAAAUGGCAAGGUUUCUUUCAUGAGACUUGUGUUGAGGGUUUACAGAGAAGUAUCUUGCAAGAGGGACGUCUGAAACAAAUAAGGAAGAAGACAGUGACGGAAGGUGGGAGAACCUGCUCUCUCAGCACAGUCCUUCACAAGAGUCGGAAAGCGCCAAAACUGUACGAGUGUACUUACUGUCGGAAACUCUGUACCAACAGCGCCCACCUGGUUAUACAUGAGAGAAUCCACACAGGCGAGAAACCCCACAAGUGCUCAGAAUGUGGGAAAAGCUUCACCCAGAAAGGGAAUCUCACCAGUCACAAGAGAAUCCACAUGGGAGAGAGACCCCACCAGUGUCGAGACUGUGGGAAAAGCUUCAGCCGGAGGCAACAGCUUAUGAGACACGAGAGGAUCCACUCAGGAGAAAAACCCUAUAAAUGCUCUGACUGUGGGAAAAGCUUCUGUAGGAAGGACUCCCUUAUUACACACAAGGGAACCCACAUUAGAGAGAAGCCGUCAGAUUCCUGUGACUAAGGGGAAAGCUUCGCGUCCAGCUUUUAUAUCUUAAAAAAUACACGUCAUGCUUUCGCACUGAGAGAAUCCACAGGUGUCUUAUCUCCAAAGCAUCCUCAUACAUUCCAGCCCAAAAGAAGCAUCCUACCUCUCAUUAUCCUCAACCUCUGUAGUUCUUGUUAUAUCUUUGCAAGCUUCAGAAAAGACUCUGAGCUGUCACGGGAAGGACACUCAAAUUUAUCUACUUACUUGAAAUCAAUGAGGCAGUGCAAAAUUUGGAAGCAUGGGUACUCCUCGCAACCCUCCUCAUUGGAGACUCCAAAAACAAAACCAGCUGGAUCCAUCUCUGUCAACAAAUGAGGGACAAUCCUUUUGUAAAGUUAAUGGCUCUUGAUUAUCAAGACAAGACCAAACUGCCCUCAAAUACUUGCCAUUCAAAUAAAUAAUUUGCAGCAAUGAAUUGUUCAGGGGGGAAUCCAUUUUUCUCCCAGCUACAUGAGGAUUGCAGCUGAGCUCAGAAAGAACUGGGAAGCAAGGAGAGAGUGGAGGAUGAUGUCAUAGCCGCUAACACUCAGAUAGUUUUAGAGCUUUGACCCAGUGAACCCUGGAUCCACUACAUAACUAUGCUCACACAGGCUUCUGUCAGCUCUACUAUGCUCACGGCAUCUAAAAGGAGAAGAAAGAAAGCCGAUAUACUCAUGUUUUAUGGUCAUCUCCUAGGUAACUGGUUACCCAUUGUCUGAUCAGAAUGCUGGACCAACAAGAUAAUUGGUCUAAUUUAAUAUAGCUCUUUGUAAUUCAAAAUAAAAUAAUGCCCCCAA